CGCGGCGGUGCGUACGCCGCCGGUGUCUUCCCGUUGUGCGGUUUCCUUUCCUGCAAACGAACGGAACCCACCGGACCGCACCGCACCGACGCAGCGCAGGCAGAUGGAUUGGUUCAAUAAAUGAGGCAGAGAAAACGAUCUUCUUUCGUUCUUCCGAUCGAGGGAAGGAAAACCGAAAACCGAAUGACGCUAUUUUUUUCUAUCUACGGGGCCGUCUACCGUGCGGUGGAGUAGCGGCCCUUCCGGCAUUGGCCAAACACGGAUCGAGGAAUCCUAACUAUUUUUUUCAAUCCAUCAUUCCGUACGGUGCGAUCGUACGGGACGGUUAGGUGAGCGAGGAAUCCUUUCGCAAUCGUUCACGUGUUGGGUUUUGUAUUCCGUUUGCCUUCCCAGGACCGAAAGCAAAGCAUUGGCAGGCAGAUUGCCGUCCCGGGGGAAAGAUAUUGUUGUUGUGAGAGACAAACGGCGGUCCCCGAUACGAUACGAUACGAUACGGUGCGACCACGGGUACGAUACGAAACGAAACGAUACGAUACGACGCGAUACGACACGACCACUACUACGGCACCGCAAUUGCCUGUGUACGAGCACGAUACACUCGUAGGCUUCCGGAGAUCCAUCCGCAGCGUUCCGUCCAAUAACAUUGCAUUGCAUUGCAUUCGGUUCCGCCCGGUCCGCGCAACCCGAGUGACAUCUCUUCCAACGCACCCAAACUACGACGCCAUUUGCACUCGGUUGCGCCGCAUUCCGUUCCGUUCCGAUCCAAGGCAUCGCAUCGCAUCUCAUCGCAUCGGACCGACACCCGGGCCGAAAUACCCCGCCCAUCGUUCCAAUCACACGGCAGAGGGAGUGCUUUGCCACACACUCCAACGCAACCACAAACGCAAACGCAAACGCAAACGCAACCACAACCACAUCGCAUCAGUAAACACCGCGAAGAAGGGACCAAAGCCAACCUGCAAAGCCAACUUCCACCGUCGUUUGUACUGUACCCUAGAUGCCGAAGCACACCAUUGGCCAUUGCGAAGCGAAGCGAAGCCAACCAAUAAGCGCGAACCCACACAACACAACACAGCGCAGCGCAGAGGUUCCGCCGCGUUGCUCCACGAACGACAGCGUAGCAGCAUAGCACACUAGCACCACCACCAUCAGCAGCAGCAGCAAGCCUGGAAGGAAGAAAGCCACCGGGGGGGGUUCGUUUCCAUUCGUUUCGUUUCGAACCAAUUCCAAACGAUACGAUACCACACGAUACCAUACCAUUCGAUACCACACGAUACCAUACAAUAGCACACCGAACCGAAGCAUGAGCCCGAGGGAAGAAGGCGCAGCGGGGGGGGAAACGGGACGAGCAGCGGCCAAGGGAUCCGUCCCACCCGUUCGAGUGGGGACGGCCACGCCGAGGAAACCGCCAACGCUGGCGGUGGUCACCUCGUGCGGAACCCGCUCGGAGAAAGACGCAGMYGCARACGCAGCAGCAAACGCAAACGCAAAAGCCUACGCAGGGGUUGCUUUGGACCGGUCCCCUUCCAGCAACGCCGCGGCCGCCCUGCUGGUGGGCAUGGCGAGGAUGACGAAGCACCGGCGGGAGGACCCCUUUGGAAGCAGCGACUAUGUCGGUUGCGCCGUUCGCCACUCUGUCGGCCACACUGGCAGCCAUUCGGUUGGCCACACCACCAGCGGGACCGGUGCGUUUGGCUCUCUGUAUCCCGCGCCGCCGGAGCCGAGGGGCGGUGCCGGGAAUCCCCCCGGUCCGCUCCACGUCCCGRGCACCAUUCAGGGCACCCUGCAGGGCACCAUUCAGAGCACCCUCCAGGGCAUUCCAAGCCGUCCGCCUUGUGCUUUGGGAGAAUCCGCGGCCCACACCGCCACGCUCAACAGCAAGCUCCGGAUCAGCAGCAGCGAGAUGCGGAUCAUCGUCGGCGUCGAGGAACACUGGCGGGCCAUCCGGCGGGAGGUGUCCAAGCAGACGGAGCAAACGGAACCGCAAACGAAAACGGAACCGCAAACGCCGCUUUCUCUGUCUCUGGCGCAAAGCAAGGCGCCCGCCAGAGCUUCUUCCCCCGUGGAGCUCCCCAAGGGCGUCACCCGCCGGCCCUCGGGGGCCUGGCAGGCACAGAUCUACUACGCCGGCAAGACGCGCUACAUCGGCGUCUGGGACGAGCCCCACCAGGCCGCAAGGGCCUACAACCUGGCCAGGGAGGCCCUCGGGGACCUCAAGGAAAAGCUCGGAAAGGCAGCACCCGGGCCACAGCCACACAAGGCGGCCGACAAGGGGACCGGGAGGGAUUCCCGCAAGCGCAAGAGCGGAAGCAGCAAGAGCGGCAACUGCAAGAGCAAGAGCAAGAGCAACCCCCACUACCACGACCUCGACCCAUCCAGCGCAACGCGGGCCGCAAGGGCUGCUACGGGCCCACCAAGGGCCUCCGGAGGCCGGGCCGCGUCCUCCCCCGCGCCCUCCCUGGCCGCGUCGUCCUCGCUGUCUCUGUCCUCCUCGUCGCUGUCAACGUCAACGUCAACGUCCCUUUCUCCCACCGCGGCGAGCCCGGACCACACCGGGACCACCAAGCAGGCGUCUUCCUCGCCCGAGCAGGGGCCCUUCAAGAAACGACGGGUGGUAGUGGUGGACCGCGAAAAGGAACCUCCAACCGGGCCAGGCGAAGGGGCCGCUUCGGCUUUGGCUCGUGCUUUUUCGGCUGCUUCUUCCGCCACUACCGAACACGCGUUGUCCCACCGCAUCCUUCCGGGGAAGGCUUCCCUGGCCGCCCCGGUUUCGGCCUUUUCCUCGCACCACCCUUCCGCCUGGGCCUCUCGUUCCCGGGCCGUUCCGCUCCGCGGUGAAAGGCACCUUGUGCAGGCGCCACCCAGCGUGCCGAUCGGGAGGGGGGCCGGAAGCACCCAGCCAAGCAACACGGGAAGCAGCAGCAACACCAGCAACAGCGGCAGCAACAGCAACAGCAACAACAACAACAGCAACAACAAGAAGAAAAACCACCACACCAGCGAGAAGACCGGCGGGCCCCUCCACCACCCGGGGCAGGACCUCCCGGUGGUCCAGAGGCCCCCUCCCCCCGCCACGGUCCAGGCGGUCCAUCCCCCACCGGUGCCCGCCUUUUGGCCSCCAAUCCCCUACGUCCUCGGCCCCCAUCCCCACGCCGGGGUAGGCCUGCGGGCUUCCUACCACCUCCGCCACCCGCCCGUGGUGGUGGGCCACCCCAAGCCCAAGCCCGGAAAGGUCCCGCACCAGCACCAGCAGCAGAACCACCACCGGGGCCCCCCGCCGGGGCACUACGGCCCCUACACCUCCGCCACCCAGCCGCGGCCGGUGGUUCCGAGGGGACCGGCCGGGGGGGSCGUUCAGCGGAAGCAGGCCGCGCCGCAUGCGGUGGCUCCGUUUCGCGGCAACAACAAAAGCACCGGCACCAUCACCAGCACAAGCACCGACCCGAAAGGCAGGGGCAAAACGAACAACGGGGCCCGAAACUGCGAACGCCACGAAACCAGCCGGAACCCCACCGGCAGCGAGGGGCUCUCGAAGCAGAGGGCCGCCGAAAACGAAACGUGGAAGGCGAUCCGGACCGAGGUUCUCUGCGUCUUUGCCGAAAAGAGGAAGCGCCGAGCGGAAAAGGCGGCCGGAACCCACCAARGGAACGAACCGGCCCCCGCCGGAACCAACCCGACGAACGGGAACGAACACCAACACAAACACGAGCACAAACCCGCCAAGGCCUUUGACAAGGACGUCCUGCGGGGGAUCACCGUUCGUCCSUCGGGGAAAUUCCAGGCCCAGCUCUAUUUCGGUGGCAGGUCCCGGUACAUCGGGGUCUUUGACACGCAGCACGAGGCCGCCUCGGCCUACGAGAUGGUCCGGGAGAAAAUCAAGAAGGCCACCCUGCCACCGAAAGGGCGGGCGGCGGCGGCUGCUGCAGCAGGUCCCACCACGGAUGCGGCGGUGGUGUCGCCGCUGAACCAGCUCCUCUCGGCCGCGACGUCGCUUUCGGGGCACCCCGGAACCACCACGACGAGAACGGCCCCGAACGCCGCUGCUUCUGCCACCACCACCACCACGCUCCGGUCGAUCACUCCGUCGCCGACGCCACGGGGAGACGGGACCCGGGAAGCGGCACGGGGACUCGCACUCGCUCCGGCCCCGAGAGAGUGACCGGGCCGUUGCGGUGGGGUUGCACCGAACAACGACCGCCCGCUGCGUCUGCACGCGGAGUGYCGCGGCGAUUCGAUCGAUGGAGGGAAGCAAAGCAAAGCAACGCGAAGCUUAGGACGG